AUGGGUUUAAAUAAAGCUAAAAAACAACUCAAUAAUAAAGACUCAAAUUCUUCUACAAGUGAACCUGAAAUAGAUGGAAAUGAACUUGAUUCAAAUAAUGAUGAGACCUCUUUAACAAAAAAUGAGAUUUCAGCUUUACUUAAGCACUUGAAAACUUUGAAAAGACUUCAAGUUGCUCGUAAUAAGGAGGUCAAGAACAAAAAAACUGACACCUUUUCAGAUGAUAUGGAUGACAACUUAUCCAAAAAAAAGAAAUACUGA